AUGUCGUCCAAGCUUAUCCCAAAGAACCCCUCUGCUGUUGCAGUUAUCCGCAACAUCACCCCCAAUGUCGUGACCAUCUCCGUGCCGUUUGCGCGGUUUGAGAAGGUCCGCGUCGGUGGUCGUGGAACGAUAAUACGCAUGACCUCAGGCACCCUGGCAGUCUUCUCGCCGGUGGCAUUGACGCCCCAGGCCAAGGCCAAGGUGGCCGAGAUGGGCGGCAACGUCGGAUACCUGAUUGCGGGCGACAUGGAGCACCACAUCUUUCUGUCCGAGUGGAAGAAGGAGUACCCUCAGGCGAAGCUGAUCGGGCCCAAGGGCCUGCCCGAGAAGCGCGCCAAGAUGACCGACGACAAGGUCGGCAAGGAGCAGUUCGCCUUCGUCUACGACGCCAGCAACAUGCACUCCAACGCCAUCAGCGACGAGUUCGCCGCCGACUUCGAGGUCGAGUUCGUCGACGCCCACGCCAGCAAGGAGAUCGUGCUCUUCUUCAAGCCCGAGCGCGUCCUCAUCGAGGCCGACCUGAUGUUCAACCUGCCCGCCAUCGAGCAGUAUUCCAAGGUCCCCGAGGCCGAGAAGAAGGGCGCCAGCCUGCUGAACAAGCUGUUCGAGACCCUCAACACCACCGCCGGCGAGGCGAAGGCCCACAAGCGCCUGCAGUGGUACGCCCUCAGCAACGGCACCAAGAACCGUGCUGGCUACAACGAGAGCGUCCAGCGCAUCGACUCGUGGGACUGGGACACGCUGAUCCCCUGCCACGGCGAGACCCUGCAGGGCAACGGCAAGCAGGUCUUCAGGAAGAUCUUCGAGUGGCACCUGCGCGGCCACAAAUAG